AUGGUGGAACCCCAUCCCAGUGAGAAGAUGAAGGCAGCUCUCUGGACUGGGGCAAAGUCGAUCGAGCUAGGCGUUGUCGCCAAACCCAUGAUCACUGCACCUAAGGAUGCCAUUGUACACAUUACCCAUUGCACUAUAUGCGGAUCUGAUCUGCAUAUGUACAACGGCGAUAUGAACAGUGUCAUGGAGAAGGGGAUGAUCAUGGGCCACGAGGCGAUCGGCAUUGUCGAUGAAAUUGGGCAUGAAGUCAAAGACUUGAAGGUAGGAGACCGAGUCAUUAUUUUGCCGGUCAUUGCAUGUGGGGAUUGCUUCUACUGCAAGCGCAAAGAGUUUUCCCUUUGCGACCGAACCAACCCAUCACAUGAGAUGGAGCAACUGUACGGACACCGUCUCUCGGGUAUCUUUGGCUAUUCCAAAAUCACAGGUGGAUAUCCUGGCAACCAGGCUGAGUACUGCCGUGUCCCUAACGCAGAUCUUGUCUGCGUCAAAGCCCCCAAGGAUAUUCCCGCUGAGCAGA